GAGAGGCAGGUGAUACCCAAGAACAAUCUGCCCGUCGUCUUCUUGGGUCUCAUGCUCUCCGUUUCCCUCGCCGCAUUGGAUCAGACCAUCGUCUCUACCGCCCUGCCAACGAUCAAUCGCGAUCUCAAUGGCUCAGCAGCAGCCUAUACAUGGAUUGCUAGCGCCUACCUCAUGGCAGCAGCAGUCGUGGUUCCACUUUAUGGCCGUCUGAGCAAUCUCGUCGGGCGCAAGCCACUCUUCUUUUCCGCCAUUGCCCUCUUCCUCAUCGGAUCGGCUCUAUGUGGUGCAGCUCAGAACCCAACUUGGAUCUGUGUAUCCAGGGCUAUUCAAGGUCUUGGUGGUGGUGGAAUCAUCGGACUUGUACAGGUGACGACGAGCGACAUUGUGCCUCUGGAGAAGAGGGGCGCUUUCCAGGGUCUCUUCGGAGCAGUGUGGGGAAUCUCCUCUGUCAUUGGCCCUUUGAUCGGUGGCGCCUUGACGGAAUACACUGCUCUUUCCUGGAGAUGGUGCUUCUUGAUCAAUCUGCCAGUGGGCGUGAUCGCUGCUGCCAUCGUCUUCUUCUUCCUCAAGCUCAACCCCACGCCAAAGCGGCCGUGGCGUGACAUGGUGCACGAGUUUGAUUUCAUCGGCUAUGUCCUCCUGGUAGCCGCUAUCAUCAUCUUCAUCUUCGGCUUCACUGAAGCUGAGACACAAGGCUUUGACCAGGCUGUAACCAUUGCUCUGAUUGUAGUAGGAGGGCUCUUGUUCCCUGUCGCCGUUGGCUGGUCCUUCUACGUCGAGAGACAUUUGCCGCGCGUCAGGCCCAUUCUGCCUCCCCGAAUCUUCAAGACACGAACUACUGGCCUCAUCCUGGUGACUGUCUUCAUCCAUGGCUUCGUCUUCUUCAGCUACACCUACCAGCUCCCCAUCUUCUUCCAGGCGGUUCUGGGAUCCAGCGCCCUCUUGAGUGGAGUCUACAUGCUGCCCUAUGCCUUGAUCGGUAGUAUCGCGUCCCUGGUCUCCGGUGUCGCAGUGGUCAAACUUGGGCGCUGGCGUCCUGUGUACUGGUGGGGUUGGACAUUCUCAAUCAUUGGAUAUUCGGCGAUGACCGCGAUUGGCGGCAAUUCUACCCUGGCUAUCGUCUCGGGCACCUCUACACUAGCUGCUCUUGGCUACGGGUGCCUCUUCCAGGUACCCUUGCUUGGUCUGAUGAGCGCCAUGCCUCAUUCGGAGAUGCCUUCGAGCACCACCACCCUCGCUCUGAUGCGAACCAUGUCCGGCGCCGUCGGAAUUGCUGUAUCCCAGUCAAUCUUUACAUCGCGUGUCACCACCCUCACCGGCACUAUCCCAGGCUAUACAGUUCCUGCUGAUCCGUCACAAGACAUUCAGGGCUUGAAGAACUUGCAGCCUCCUGCCUUGGCAUCAGAAGUCACAUACGAAUAUGGACAGGCUCUCCACCUCAACUUCAUCAUUCUCGCGCCUAUCAUCGCCGUGGGCUUCCUAUGCAGCCUGGGAGUGAAAGGCUACAGUAUGCAAAGG